AUGGCCACAAACCGUUCACUCCUACAGACCCAGACCUUAUUCCGAAUUACAUUUUACUUUUCUUCCUCUUUCUUAAUGGGCAAUCGGUUCUCCAAAAAAAGUCACGACACAAUCAUAGAAGAAGCCACUUCAGAAGACAAAGAAAAUAUACAAAGUGACAUUCAGAUUGAAAUGGAGAAUUCUACAGACGAUGACAUUAUGCACUUUAUUCAAACUGCAGAAGAGCGAGAACAUGGCCAGCAUUACCUUCUCAAGCAUGUCGUUCAGGCCAAUCACUUUGCUCCUAUAGAAAACGCUCUCAAGAUAGAAGGAUCGCGCGCACUAGAUAUUGGCUGUGGGUCUUCUGGAGUCUGGAUAUUAGAUAUGGCAGCAGACUUUACAAACACAACGUUUUAUGGUAUCGAUAUAAUAGACUCUUUUAUACCUCAAGGCGAAAAACACUCCUUUGCACCUACAAACUGUCAUUUCCAAACACAAGACGUUAUACACGGAAUACCAUUUCCUGAUAACACAUUCGAUUACAUUCAUCAACGGUUUAUGUACAUGGUAUAUCCGAGUAGUAUGACAGGCUGGGGAAUAAAAGAAAUGAAGCGCGUAAUGAAACCUGGUGCGACAAUCGAACUUAUAGAGUAUGAUUUACGCCCGCGCCAGCCAGGACCUUUAUUCACCAAACUAUUCUCUGCUGUUAACUGUGCUCUUUACAAGAUUAAUAAGAGUGGAUUCCGGGGUGAGAUUCUCGGAGAGAUCCUCAAAAGAGGGGAUUUUAAUGACAUAACAACGGACUACUGGUCGCUUCCCAUUUGUUGGGGUGGCGAAGUAGGAAAGACCAUGUAUAUUAGCGUCCUGGGAGUGUGCGUGUGGCUGGGUAGCAAGGUUUACGAUCAACUAGAUUUACAAGGAGACAAUCUUGAGGAGAGUUAUGACCGAUUUCUGGACAAAGCAUUUGACGAAUGCGUAGAAUACCAGACAUACUUUAAUCUCCAUUGGGCGUAUGGUACAAAACCAACCGUCUGAUAUCGCUAUUCUUACUACUCCUUACCACAGCAACCACAACUAAUCACCGUUACCAUAACUACCAUUACCAUUACCAUUAUUACCAUUAUCAUUACCAUUACCACUACUUCCAUUACUAUUAUUAUUAUUAUUAUUAUUAUUAUUCGCUUUAUUCUUGUCAUUUAUUGCUUCUUAUUAUUAUUCAUUCACCCAAAAAUCAUGGAUAUUGCUCUUCGUCUUUCUUCUCUACCAUGACAAAAAGAAAAAUAGAAAGAAAGAUAAAAGAACAGAAAAAAGAACACCCUCAUUCCCCUUACAUCUCUCUCUCUCUCUCAAUUCCUACCCCUACUCCCUUUACAUACACUUUACACAAGCAAUGUGGCAUAUUGUACAGUUUAUUGCCAAAGAAAGAUCUUUUUAUUAUCAUUCUAUACAUACAUAUAUUAUUUAUUAUUAAACAUUAAACAUUAUGUAGCAUGUCUUGUUCUGA